AUGACUCUUGCUCCUUAUACCCUCCCAUCGGGGUUUGUUUUGCCGUCAAUACACUCUGGUCCGCCUUUCUUCACACAGCAGCCCAAUCCGAACUCGCGCAAGAUCGCUACGGACAACUGGACGCGCCUUCUCCUCUCCUACGCACGACAUAAGAAGCUCUUCGUGUUGCGUGCAGAAGACGUCGACGUGCCGAAUAGCGAGUGGGAGGAAGUACUAAGUAAUCCCAGGAUUGGCCGGAAGAUUCGUGCAGCACACUUGGCGGCCAUCCUCGCACACAUGGUCACUUCCGGCCAAGCCGUAUACGAUCCGCCCAACCAGACAUCCGCGGUCCUACUCUACUGGCGGUCACCGGAAGAAUGGGCGCAGGUUCUCCACGACUGGGCGAGUUCGACAGGCCAGCUUAACACGAUCAUGACGUUCUACGAGAUCGUCGAACCGCCCGUCCCCUCGCCCCUAUCUGGGCUUCCGUUCCCCAUCCUCCGGAAAGUCAUUACCAUUCUCACGAAGUCUAAUCGCGCACAGAUCAUCGCCGUCGCGGACGGCGAAGGUGUGCGCUUCUUGUCGGGGCAACCUGGUCGAUAG